GUGCCAAGCUACAUUACAUUCACUCCAAACUCAAUCACCUCUUAUAUUACCCUUCACAGAUACAAACCGUAAGCAAUCAAUCCACUGAGAAAUGGCGUACUCAAAUACUAUUCUUCUUGUUGUCUUUGCCGUUCUCCUCAUCACUGCUGAGGUCUCAGCUCAUCGUGACCUAACUGAGACAACCACUCCAACUAUUGAUGGUAGCGGGGCAUACAAUAGAGGAGGCAAUGGAGGAAACGGCGGAGGCAAGGGAGGAAACGGAGGAUACGGAGGAGGAAGCAAUGGAGGAAACGGAGGAGGCAAGGGAGGAAAUGGAGGAUACGGAGGAGGAAGUAAUGGAGGAAACGGAGGUGGCAAAGGAGGAAACGGAGGAGGCAAGGGAGGCAAUGGAGGAGGCAAGGGAGGAAAUGGUGGAAAUGGAGGAAAGGGAGGAAAGGGAGGGGGAGGGCAUGGACCCGAAACCGAGAACUAG